GUAACAAGCUUUCAAAUUAUUCUUCGUGUUUCUCGCAACUAGUAUCCAGUUAUAAAGACUUUUUGUUUUGACUAAUAAGCGAAUAAAGUAUUUUCAGCUAACAGCUGUUUUUUGCAGAAUUAAAAUAGUGUUACCAACACGUCAGUCACAUGUUAAGUUAAUGUGCUUUAUGUUAAACAACAGUCAACAGUUUUUGAUUUUUAUUGUCGUUUGGUAAACAAUUGAGCAAUAUGGGUAAAAGCGACAAAAAGUCAAAGAAAAAGCACAAGAGUAAGCGUAAAGAGCACAAAGAAAAGCACAAGGACAAAGCUAAGAAGACAAAAAGGCAAGAGAAAAUUAAGCAAGCGCAGGACACGCCACCGCCAAAGAUUGAGGUCCCGUUAGUUGUGGCAGCCGACAGUGGAAGCGAGGAGGACUUCGCCAUACCAAUAGCGCUGAUGAACAGCAAAUCGCACGCACCGGAAACGCCGGAGGAGUACCAGCGCCGGCAGAGCCAAAUACGCCGUGAGGUGGACCCAGUGACUGGCCGAACGCGCCUAAUCAAGGGCGACAGCGAGAUACUCGAGGAAAUCGUGAGUAAACCGCGACAUUGCGAUAUAAACAGGAAGGCCACCAGCGGCGAUGGCGACUACUUCGAGGCGCAAUCCUUUGCGGCCGCCAAGCGUCGCAAGCCAAAGUAAACUUGUUCUCAUUAAAUACAAUAGGUAUAUUUAAUAAUUAAUAACUGUUAAUCUAAAUAAACAAUUGUGCAGCAUUGCAAAAAACGCUA